CCACUUGCUCCCACUGCCAGUUUCCAGCCCUUCUGUUCAUCAUGGCUAAAGGGUUCUUUAUUAGCAAAACAGUUGGGAUUGUUGGGAUCGUUUUGGGGGCCGGAGCUGUGGCGACCAUCAUCGCGCUCUCUGUCGUUUACUCUCAAGAGAAAUCCAAAAAUAAUGAAAUAGUGGUGAAUCCCACUGAAGUGACUACGACAACAACAACAACAACAACAACAACAACGACAACAACAAGCCAGCCAACCACAUCAGCAUCCAAUGAACCGUGGGACAAAUAUCGUCUCCCUGAUACUCUCAUCCCUGAAUCCUACGAUAUCACGCUCUGGCCACGUCUCCAGCCCGACUCUGAAGGCCUCUUCAUCUUCACGGGAAACUCCAGCGUGGUGUUCCGAUGUGUGAAGGAGACGAAUCUGAUCCUGAUUCACGCCAACAAGCUGAAUCUGACCACUACUGCCACACUGAGCACGCUCAAUGGCUCUCCUGCCCCGUCCAUCACGUCCACACGAUUCGUGAGCAGAACCCAGUAUUUAGUUUUUCACCUGAGUGAGAAACUAAAAGCAGGAGAGACGUACAAACUCCACACUGAGUUCUUAGGAGAACUCGCUGAUGAUCUGGGAGGAUUUUACAGGAGCGAAUACUUUGUAAAUGGAGUUAAGCACGUGGUAGCUACGACUCAGAUGCAGCCCACAGACGCCCGAAAAGCGUUCCCUUGCUUCGAUGAACCUGCAAUGAAAGCGAUUUUCAAUAUCACUGUGCUGCAUGACCCAGCAACCGUCGCACUUUCCAAUGGCCAGGAAAUUGAGUCAGUUCAGAUUAAGGAAGGUGAUGUGACGCUCAAUAAAACACGGUUUGAACCCACCAGGAGAAUGUCAACGUACCUGCUGGCGUUUAUUGUCAGUGAUUUUGAAGCCAUUAAGACGAUGGAAGGGGAUGUUAUGAUUCGUAUUUUUGCCCGUAAGGAAGCGAUUGACGCCGGUCACGGAGACUACGCACUGAACAUCACGGGCAAAAUCCUGAAAUUCUUUGAAAGAUAUUACAAUUCCACUUACCCACUUUCCAAAUCAGAUCAGGUGGCUCUGCCGGACUUUAACGCCGGCGCGAUGGAGAAUUGGGGUUUGAUCACAUACAGAGAAACAGCUCUUCUCUACGACAGUGCAGUUUCCUCCACUGGGAAUAAAGAGCGAGUUGCCACCAUCAUUUCUCACGAACUCGCCCACAUGUGGUUUGGGAAUCUCGUGACUAUUAAAUGGUGGAAUGAUCUCUGGCUCAACGAAGGUUUCGCAUCCUAUGUUGAGUAUCUCGGAGCCGACAAUGCAGAACCUGACUGGAAUAUCAAAGACCUGAUCACACUGAACGAUGUGCACAGAGUGUUUGCCGUGGACGCUCUGAGCUCGUCUCACCCGCUGUCCUCUAAUGAAGACGAUGUCCUGAGACCAGAGCAGAUCAGUGAGGUGUUCGAUGCUAUCUCCUACAGCAAGGGGGCGUCAGUGUUGAGGAUGCUCUCAGAUUUCCUGACUGAAGAAGUUUUUGUGAAAGGCGUCAGUAGCUACCUCAAUCACUUCCAGUUUGAAAACACAGUGUACACCGAUCUUUGGGAUCAUCUCCAGAAGGCUGUGAAUGACACUGGAACGUCGCUCCCAAAUAGCGUUAGUGAAAUCAUGGACCGCUGGGUUCGUCAGAUGGGUUUCCCAGUGGUGACGAUUGACACAGAGAAGGGCACCUUAACUCAGAAACACUUUCUCCUGGAACCUAAUUCCACCGUGGACCGACCAUCUCCAUUCAACUAUGAGUGGAUUGUUCCUAUUCAGUGGAUGAAAAAUGGAAUUAAGCAGGACAUAUAUUGGCUGGAGACCAAAGAGGCUCAGCAAAAUUUCAUGAGAAUGGGAGCUUCUGAUUGGCUGGUGGCCAACCUCAAUCUGUCGGGAUACUACAGAGUAAACUAUGACAUGGGGAACUGGGAGAAACUGCUGAAGAAACUCCAGACAUCUCAUCAGGAAAUUCCUGUUAUAAAUCGAGCCCAGAUCAUAGACGAUGCUUUUAAUCUGGCCAGGGCGACAGAGGUUUCCACCACACUGGCUCUGAACACGACGCUCUAUCUAUCAGAGGAGAGAGAGUACAUUCCCUGGCAAUCAGCGCUCAACAACCUCGACUAUUUCUACCUCAUGUUCGAUCGUUCCGAGAUUUAUGGUCUGCUGCAGGCUUACACUCGGCAGCAAGUAGAGCCACUGUUCCUCUACUUCAAAAACCUGACAGCAGAUUUCACCAAGAUCCCUCAAGGUCAUAUGGAUCAGUAUAAUGAGGUGAAUGCUCUGCGCAUGGCCUGCAGCUCUGGGGUGGAGGAAUGCAGGACACUGGUUAGAAACUUGUUUGAAAAGUGGAUUUCAAACUCAACUUUCAACCCGAUUCACCCCAACCUGAGGUCGACUGUGUACUGCCAGGCCAUCGCUGCAGGGGGCGCCAGGGAGUGGGACUUCGCCUGGUCCAUGUUUCAGAAGGCCACCGUCGCCACUGAGGCGGAUAAACUGAGAGCAGCCAUGGCAUGCAGUAGCACACCCUGGAUCCUCAACCGGUAUCUGAACUACACCCUGAAUCCCCAACUGAUCCGCAAACAGGACGCAACAUCUACGAUCAUCUCAGUGGGGAACAACGUGGUGGGGCAGCCCCUGGCCUGGGACUUCAUCAGGGCAAACUGGGAAUACAUCUACAGAGAGUAUGGAGGAGGAUCGUUCUCUUUUGCUAAUCUGAUUAAUGGUGUCACCAAACGCUUCUCUACUGAGUUUGAACUCAAACAGUUGGAUCAGUUCCGGAAAGAUAAUGAACACAUCGGGUUUGGUUCUGGUUCCAUGGCGAUUGAACAGUCCAUCGAGAGAACCAGAGCCAACAUCAGGUGGCUCAAACACAACACGGACGAGGUGAAGGUCUGGCUGGGGGCAGCUAUUAAAUAAACACACACACACACACACACACACACAUACACACACAUACACACACACACACACACACACACACACAUACACACAUACACACACAUACACACACACACACACACACACACACACACACACACACACACACACACGCUGGUAAACGAAACAAGCUGGUUUAUUUAUUUCGUCACAUGUUGUUUCCCAGAAGUCGGUUUAUUUUUAUCCAAAUAAAAAAUGUUUUUAAUUAAAUAUUUUAUUUGAACUAUAAAUAAAUGUGUUAAAGAUGUGACACGUUUCAGCUCAGUUUGUGUUUCACUGUGAAAUAAAACCUUUUUCAGUCA